AUAGGUCUCCUCCCCCGUGAACUUUGAGAGUUGCUGCCUAGUAGUAGGUUUGCAAUCGCUUUCUGCAGUCAUAUACUCUCUCCACUCAGGCUCUUCAGGCUCCACUCAGACCUGACGCGCUUCAUAAGCUGGAGCACUUCGACAUUUAAGGUGAAGCUCGUUGUCUUCAGAGUUCUUAUUUCAGAAGAUCCACUCGGAUUCAAGGAAUGUCUCUAAGAUGGCUUGUGUUAUCUGUGUUCCUACAAGGCACCAGCAGUUUUAUGAUCUACAACAACAUUCAAGGCUUAUGUUUGCAAGACGUCCCCAAGAACAACACGGUGCAGUUAAAGCGCUGCGAUGUGACCGCGGAUGUUCAGCAGUGGUCCUGGAAAGACCAGCGCAUGUUGGUGAACAAGGUGACGAAGCGGUGCCUGUCAACUCACCCGGUCAGUCCUGUCCUCACUGUGCCGUGUGACAGCAGCCGUAGCGUCUGGUGGAACUGUCACAGUCACAGGCUGAUCAGCCACAAUGAUUCCCUGGAGCUGAGCACAGAUGGAAGAGAUCUGUUCCUGUCUGGAGGGACCAAACUUUCCAAGUGGUGGUCUCUCGAAGUACAGGAUAUCUGCAAGGAGAGGCAGCGAUUUAGAAGGGGAUCCAGUGAGCAUGAUUACUUUGAAGUGAAGGAAGAAGAUUAUGAAAUCACAGACACGGAAGACGAGAGCAUGGCUGACAAACAGAGAGAGUACCUCAGGUGGUAUUACCGCGUAGAGGAUGCCUUACCCUGGAAAUACUCCAUAUUAGCGCUGUCCUCUGUGUCACUCCUCAUUGGCUGUGUGCUGCUAGUUAAGGAUGUAAUGGAUAACAGGACCAGAAAGAAGAGAGCGAAGCACAAAUCUGCGUCGCUCACACCGAACGGGGAGGAGCUCCAGAUCAUGACUGGCAAAAGAGGCUGCGGUGCUCCAGCCCUAGAAAGUGAGCUAAGCAGCAAGCCCCUUCAGGAUGACUAUGAUACAGCAAAGCCAAAGAUGGGAAACCCUGCAGCUGAGUGCGAGGAGACAAAAAGGCUCUCGCUGCAACCAGAGCUUCAGGAAGAGGAUGUGUAAGGGCUCAGCCAGAGCUGCAAACUGGUUCUCUGCUCACAUGCUGCAAGAGCCAUAACAGAUUUUUUUUAAAAAAAAAAAACUUGGGCUACUCAAGAUU